AUAGUUUCAUUAUUAAUAUUACCUCCUCCUCUAACUACUCUUAAUUAAUUGACUACUACUUGUUCUUCCCACUUCACUUGCUAUUCAAUUAAGUUAUACUGAUCAUCAACUAGCUAUUUGAAUUGAAGAUUUAUCUCAAAAUAUGUCUGGGAGAAGGUCGAGGCAGUCAUCAGAAGGAGGCACCUCCAGGAUUUCAGAUGAUCAGAUCAUACAACUCGUCUCCAAAUUGCAGCAACUUCUUCCUGAAAUUCGUAAUCGUCGCUCCAACAAGGCAUCAGCAUCUAAGGUGCUCCAAGAAACAUGCAACUAUAUUAGGAAUUUGCAUAAAGAGGUGGAUGAUCUCAGUGAUCGACUUUCUCAGUUAUUGUCAACCAUUGAUGCUGAUAGUCCAGAAGCUGCAAUUAUUCGUAGUUUAAUUAUGUAAUUUUCAAUCAUUUAUUUAUAAAUAAUUACUAUAUUAUAUAUGUUUGGGUGCACUAAUCAAUCUCCUAUAUACUUAGUUCUGUAUUUCUUCUUUAUUUGAUCUCUAGAUUUUGGUCGAUAUUAAUUAGCUAGGCCAAUCUCAUAAUUAAUGGUGUGCUUGUAUUGAUGUUUACCAAUUUUAAU